AUGAAGAAUAUCGUGACCCAGAAGAGGUCAGACCUCGUUGUGAGAGUCAAGUACUGCAAUACAUUGCCUGAUAUCCCAUUUGAUCCAAAGUUUAUCACAUAUCCAUUUGAGUCAAACAGGUUUGUUCAGUAUAAUCCAACAUCUCUGGAACGAAACUACAAGCAUGAUCUUCUCACUGAACAUGAUCUUGGAGUUAAUAUAGAUCUGAUUGAUCCAGACACGUACAAGGUUGACUAUAAUGAUGUGCUGGACCCAGCUGAUGAGAAGUUACUGGAGGAGGACGUUGCAACCCCGCAGGACUCGAAGCGCUCUCGCCAACACAGCAAGACUGUCUCCUGGAUGAGAAAGACAGAGUACAUUUCCACUGAGUACAACCGAUUCACGCCAAGUGCAGAGAAGGCAGAGGCUAAGAUUGGAUACAGUGUGCGAAAGAAGUUCAAGGAAGAUGAUAUGUAUAAGGACAGAGAGAGUCAACUGCAGGCAAUUGACAAGUCGUUCGAGCAAGCCAAUGAGCCAAUUGCUAAGCACUACAGCAAACCAGGUGUGACACCAGUUGAAGUCCUACCAUUGUUUCCUGAUUUUAAUGGCUGGAUACAUCCAUGUGCCCAGGUAAUCUUCGACAGAGAUCCAGCACCACAGGGUAUCUCUCAGCCUGCACAGCUGGAGGAAAUGUCACAAGCACUCAUCAGAGGUAUGAUGGACGAAGAAGGGAACCAGUUUGUCGCGUACUUCUUGCCAACAGAAGAGACGUUGAAGAAGAGAAAGCGAGACCAAGAAGAAAGUAUUGAGUACAAUGAUGAGGAAGUAUAUGAUUACACCAUAGCGAGGUCGUAUAACUGGACGGUGAAGAACAAGGCUUCAAGAGGCUAUGAAGAGAACUAUGUGAUCAUCUUCCACAAAGAUUCUGUCAGCUACAACGAACUAGAAACAAAGGUUUGUCUCAGCAAGCGGCGGAUGAAGGAUGGAAGUUUCCAUACGCAGAAGUCCAGACUGUUAGUCCGACACAGGCCCCUCACUGAGAUGGAACAUAAUGCACAGCAAGCACGGUUGAAAGCCCUUGAGCCACCUACUGAAGAAGAUGAAGAAGACAUUGCUGAAAUGGAAGAAGAGGAGAAGGUUGACCAGUCUGAUGAAGAUAAAGCAAGUGGAUCUGAUAAGGAAGGUAGCGACCACGAAAGUGUGGCAGGCAGCCAGAGGUCACGCAUCCGGUCAAGGUCACACAGUCAGUCAAGGUCACGCAGCGGAUCAAGGUCUCCGAGUCGGUCAAGAUCCCGAUCCCGGUCUGGAUCUAGAUCGCGGUCAAGAAGUCGUUCUGGAUCAGGGUCACCUAGUGGUAGCGAAGCAGGCAGUGGCGGGAAUGCAAGUGACCAACACAGCGGCAGUGAGAAAGCUGGUAGUGAUGCUGAGCACUCAGGAGGAAGCAGUGGGAGUGAGAGUGAAGAGGAACAGGUCAAAGCCAAUGCAGAGAAGGAAAUCUUUGGCAGUGUCAGUGGAAGCGAGGACAGUGAUUAGGCAUGCAGUACAUCAGUUGCGUAUAUACUGGCAUCACUGUAAAUGUCGACACCAUGCACACACGUCCAUGUUUCUGUUAAACUACUGAUUAGUGAUGAUAAUUAGUUACCUGGCAAUUAUUGCAUAUUGGAAGAAAAUUAAUACUAUCAUUGUGAAACUAGUGAUUCAUUGUAAAUACAUUCGUUUUGAAGAUAACUGGUUUUGUUCAUUUACACUGUUUCAGUUGUAGCUGGGCUAUAUUUGUAAACAGUUGAAGUCAUGAUAUCAGUCUCUAAAUAUUUCAUUAUUGUUAAUUAUUCCAAUGUACACACAAUGAACCACUAAACGUUACGUACAUAUGGAAGUUCAUCGUAAUGGUAAAUUACAGUUUAAUAUAAGACAUGAAAUUGUUUAUGGCACAACCUCUCCUUGGAGCCUUCUUUGACGCGGACGUAUAAUAUAGGGUAGGUAUAGGUAUAGGUAUAGGGUCUCAUUGUAUAGGGCAACAGACAAACAGACUAUUUUAACCAUAUAUUUGAUGGAGUUCCAGAAUGUAAUGCAAAUAAAAGACGAGUGCUGAAGCAAUCGA